CGGCACAGCAAAGAAGCUGCAUUGUUUGGGUCGCUUUGAAUUUGUGCUGUUGAACUGGCAGUCUCCUGGUAGUUCUCGAAGCGUACACUUACUUUGAAGUAACUAGAUUACGUUGCUGACUGUUCGCUGCACAUUAGAUGGUAAAUUUUGUGCUUAACCGCAGCGCGAAGCUCAAGAGUAAAUAACUUAUCAAACGUUCUUAGCGUUUCGCCUACACCCAAACACGCUGGUUUCGCAUUUACGUAUUUUGGAAUCCUAUGAGCGAGAUGGAAAAAUCGGCUGAGGUAGAAGCAGCGAGUGAAGAGCCAGCGGUCGUGGGAUGUUCAGGUAACGAUAACGGUCCUGCCUCAGUGACGGACGCUGCAGAACCGAGCGAUCCAAAGAAGAAGGCUAAGUGGACUAAAGGCAAACGGAGGAAGAGGGCUCGUGAUGUCAAUGCUCCGGAACGACCACUCACAGGCUAUGUCCGCUUCCUGAAUGAUCGGCGGGAGGGUGUCCGAACUGCGAACCCUACGGCCAGCUUUCCAGAUGUCACAAAGAUCCUGGCCAUUGAGUGGAGCAAGCUUAGUCCCCAGGAAAAACAGAAAUAUUUGGAUGAGGCUGAGAAAGACAGGGAGCGCUACUCAAAGGAAAUGGAGCAGUACCAGCAGACGGAAGCCUACAAAACGUUCACAAAGAAGCAGCAUGAAAAGAAAGCCAAAGGUGGUGAUGUCAGUGCAGCAGCAACUACAAAUGGCACAACGGCUGAUGCACCAAGUGAAGACAGCAAGAAGGAUGAGAUACCUGGCUUCGACAUUCCAAUCUUCACAGAGGAGUUCCUUGAUCACAACAAGGGUCAGCAUCAUUUGAAUAUCUGCUGUGAUGUUGGUCUUACUGAUUCAGUCAUUAAUUUAUAUUUUGCUGCAGUAUUUAAAGGUAAAUGGUAAAGUUUACUUUUCAAC